AUGUGUGCGUCAGCCAAAUACAACACCCGGGGUCCAGCCCUCAUCCCAAGGAUGAAAACCAAGCAUCGCAUCUACUACAUCACUCUCUUUUCCAUAGUUCUGCUUGGCCUAAUUGCCACAGGAAUGUUUCAGUUCUGGCCUCACUCCAUUGAGUCAUCCAGUGACUGGACCGUUGAAAAACGCAGUGUCCAUGACGUGCCUGUGGUCAAGCUUCCNGCUGAUAGCCCCAUUCCUGAGCGUGGAGACCUCAGCUGCAGGAUGCACACCUGCUUCGAUGUCUAUCGAUGUGGCUUCAAUCCCAAAAACAAAAUCAAGGUAUACAUAUACUCACUGAAAAAGUAUGUGGAUGAGUACGGGACGUCGGUGAGCAACACCAUUUCCAGGGAAUACAAUGAGCUGCUAACUGCUAUCUCCGACAGUGAAUUCUACACUGACGAUGUCAACCGGGCCUGCCUUUUUGUGCCGUCCAUAGAUGUCCUCAAUCAGAAUGCGCUCCGUAUCAAGGAGACAGCUCAGGCUUUGGCACAGUUACCCAGGUGGGAUCGAGGCACAAAUCACUUGCUCUUCAAUAUGCUGCCUGGAGGGCCACCAGAUUAUAACACUGCCCUAGAUGUUCCUAGAGAUAGAGCUCUGCUGGCUGGUGGAGGCUUCUCCACAUGGACUUACCGACAAGGCUAUGAUGUCAGUAUUCCUGUUUACAGCCCGUUGUCAGGGGAGGUGGAUCUGCCAGAAAGAGGACCAGGUCCUCGCAGAUAUUUCAUUCUGUCAUCUCAAAUGGCUCUGCACCCAGAAUACCGGUCUGAGUUGGAAGCUCUUCAGGCUGAGAAUGAGGAAUCCGUGUUGAUCCUAGACAAAUGUACAAAUCUGUCAGAUGGGGUGCCUGCUGUUGGCAAACGCUGUCACAAGAAUCAAGUCUUUGAUUAUCCUCAAGUGCUUCAGGAGUCUACAUUCUGUGUUGUUCUACGUGGGGCCCGCCUGGGACAGGCUGUGCUAAGCGAUGUUCUUCAAGCUGGCUGCGUCCCAGUCAUCAUUGCUGACUCCUACAUUUUACCUUUCUCUGAGGUUCUGGACUGGAAGAGGGCCUCUGUUGUCAUUCCUGAAGAAAAGAUGCCUGAAAUGUACAGUAUCCUGCAAAGUGUUCCCCAGCGACAGGUUGAAGAGAUGCAAAGACAGGCAAGGUGGUUCUGGGAAGCAUAUUUUCGAUCGAUGAAAGCAAUUGCUCUUGCUACUCUUCAGAUUAUCAAUGAUAGAAUUUACCCAUAUGCUGCCAUUUCUUAUGAAGAAUGGAAUGAUCCUCCAGCUGUGAAAUGGAGCAGUGUGAGCAACCCACUCUUCCUUCCACUGAUCCCACCUCAGUCCCAAGGCUUCACAGCCAUAGUUCUAACCUAUGACCGGGUGGAGAGCCUUUUCCGAGUCAUCACAGAGGUGUCUAAAGUGCCUAGUCUAUCAAAGUUGUUAGUUGUCUGGAACAACCAGAAUAAGAAUCCACCAGAAGAUGCCCUCUGGCCGAAGAUUCGUGUUCCACUGAAAGUUGUUAGGACUGCAGAAAACAAGCUUAGUAACCGCUUCUUCCCCUAUGAUGAAAUUGAAACAGAAGCAGUGUUGGCUAUUGAUGAUGAUAUCAUUAUGCUAACCUCAGAUGAACUCCAGUUUGGCUAUGAGGUUUGGCGUGAGUUCCCCGACAGGUUGGUUGGAUAUCCAGGCCGCCUGCAUCUUUGGGAUCAUGAGAUGAACAAAUGGAAAUAUGAAUCAGAAUGGACCAAUGAAGUCUCGAUGGUGCUCACUGGGGCAGCGUUUUAUCACAAGUAUUUCAACUAUCUUUACACCUACAAAAUGCCUGGAGACAUCAAGAACUGGGUGGAUGCUCAUAUGAACUGUGAAGAUAUUGCCAUGAAUUUUCUAGUGGCAAAUGUCACUGGCAAGUCAGUCAUUAAGGUGACCCCACGAAAGAAGUUCAAAUGUCCAGAAUGCACGGCAAUUGAUGGGUUAUCACUGGACCAGACACACAUGGUGGAAAGGUCCGAAUGCAUCAAUAAGUUUGCCUCUGUCUUUGGGACCAUGCCUCUGAAAGUGGUGGAGCACCGUGCUGACCCUGUCCUGUACAAAGAUGACUUUCCUGAGAAACUGAAGAGCUUUCCCAAUAUUGGCAGCUUGUAAAAGCAGCUGUGAGACAAACUUGGGUGAUGAAAACAGGGGCCGAAAAGGUGCUAUGAGGAAUAUAAGACCCUGAAGAAAAAAAUUGCUAGAGUGGGUUACAUCUGAGGGAGAUGGGAAUUAAUGUUGUAUGCUGUCAUCCCUUUACAUUGCACAAAUACAAUGGAAAGCUGAACAACUGCUUCUCUGUUGCUCUCAGAGGAUUUAAUCUAUUCGUGGGUCCUCCCAGAAAUGUUAAACACACACUUUACUCCAAAGGAGGCUAUGCACCUGGAAGAGUAAAACGGAAUCUCGCUCUC